GCACGAGAAACAGCACCUCACCACUCCGCUCCACCACAAUCACCAUGUUCCUCCGCCGCGCCGCUCCUGCGCUCGCAAAGCGCGCUGUGUUCCGGCCAGCUGUCACCCGCUCAUUCGCGCUCUCCGCCCGCCAACGAAGCGAGCGUGAUCCUCAUAUUGGCGAGCCAACUGGGCAGCUGAAGAAGUUUGAAGAAAUUAAGGAUGAGCACGACCUUCUCCCACCUGGAGCCAAGCCAGGUACUAUCCCUACCGAUCUCGAACAAGCGACCGGUCUCGAGCGAUUGGAAAUUCUCGGAAAGAUGCAGGGUGUGGACAUCUUCGACAUGCGUCCUUUGGAUGCCAGCAGGAAAGGCACGCUCGACGACCCCAUCACCGUGAAGUCUUUUGGUGAUGAGCAAUACGUUGGCUGCACCGGAUGCCCUGCUGACUCGCACGUUGUUAUUUGGCUCGUAACAUCUCGCGAUCGCCCCAUUGAGCGCUGCCCAGAGUGCGGUAGUGUGUACAAGCUGGAGUACGUUGGUCCUCAGGAUGAUGGUCAUGGACACGGCCACGAUCACGGACAUGGACACGCGGAUACCGAUGGCUCACACAACUUCGAGGGAGAGCCAAAGACCAUGGCUGAUUUCGUCAAGCCAAGCUACAGAUAGGCUCACAAAAGGCGUACGAGGGCGAGGACGUAGAGGUGUAUGCGGCAGGCGUGCUGAACAGAGCAGAAGUUGUAACAUAUCAUCAUGUGGAUAAAUGCGACGAAUGCUAGAUGUAAAGAAGAAAGACCUCGGUGUAUGAGGUACGCUCUGCUUCGAUGCUAACAUGGAGUCUCCAGAGAUCACUCACGUUGUGCAACUGAGGACGAAAG